AUGUCUGCAUUGCCAUCGAUGUCUGCAUUGCCAUCGUGUGAAUGGCGUGAAUCCAUAUUAAGACAACUGAUCGCUCGGAAAGCGACGGAACAGAAGCCGUUUGAAUCAGUGAUUGAUUUCUGUAACCAUUUGUUUGAGAGAUUAGAUUCAAUCAGAAAUGAAAACCUUUUGCUUCGCAAUGAGAGAGAGAAACACGUGUUAGAGACCAAAGAACUCAAGACUUUGUGCACCAAUUCAGACACCAAUGCAAACAACAACUCAAACGGAAAAGUAUUGGAGAAGAAGUUGUUUGAAUUGCAGACAGAGUUGACUGAAUUGCACAGAACUAAGGGACACAACUCGCAGACCAUCAUUGACCUCAAGAACACCAUUGACGCCAAAGACAAAGAACUCCAACAACUGGUCCUCAAGUUGGAGGAGACUCAGCAACUGCUCGGCGACUCGAGAGGUGUUUGCAGUGCUUUAGAGCAGAGGAUACAAGAGAUGGAGACGACUGACCAACUGGUGCGCGACGAGCACCAGGCGCUCCAAAUGGCCUUCUCUUGUCUCGAGAAGAAGUACUCGACGUUAGAUCGCGAACACAUCGAACUCGUCAACCGAUGGAUGUCUUUGAAGGCAAAAGACGCCCAGAAGUUGAACGAUGAGAACGAGAAGGCGUUGAGAGUGCAGAACGAGAAGCUCAGGCUUCAGUUGGAAGAGGCGGCCAAUGAGGCCACUGCUGUGACACUCAAUCCCUCCAACCCUCUCGACAUACCCCCAGACAGUCAUUCCAAUUGCGAUCCCCUGUAUGUCUGCACUCGUAUCCCGACUCGAGUUAUGCUUCAGUUUGAGGCACACGAGGGUGAGGUGAAUGCCAUCAAAUGGAGUCCCAAUGGGGAAGUGGUGGCCACCGGUGGUGCCGACCGUAAGAUUAAGAUGUGGGCUAUCAGUGAGAACUCGAGCGUUGCUAUACUGAAGGGCACACUAACGGGUAGUAACGCUGCGGUCACAUCGAUAGACUUGGAUCAGGACCUACUGCUGGCCUCGUCUAAUGACUUCGCGAGUCGUGUCUGGACUCUGAGUGAUAUGAAGCUUCGGCGCACUCUGACGGGUCACUCAAACAAAGUACUGGCCGUCAAGUUCUUGGGCUCUAAUAAGGUGGUGUCGGGCAGUCAUGACCGCACACUCAAGAUAUGGGACCUCAACCGUCACGCCUGUAUUCGAACCCUAUUUGCCGGCUCUUCGUGUAAUGAUUUAGUGACCAUCGAGUCCAAGGAGGCGGUCGUCGCUUCCGCUCACUUCGACAAACGAAUCCGCUUUUGGGACACGAGGUGUGACUCGAGUGCCAAUGAGAUCCUAUUGCAGGGAAAGGUGACCGCACUAGACGUCUCUCCCGAUGGCUGUUAUUUGUUAAGUUGUGUUCGCGACGAUUCCCUCAAAUGCUUAGAUCUCAGACAGAAUCAGGUGAUCAGGACUUUCUGUGCCGACGGCUUCAAAGUGGGCUGUGAUUGGAGUCGUUGUAAGUUUAGUCCCGACAGUCAGUAUAUUGUGGCCGGAAGUCAGGACUCGUCUGUUUUCAUAUGGAAUGCUUCGAACGGAAAGCUCGAGCAGAACCUCAAAGACCAACACAGCUCUACAGUAAUCGCUUGUUGUUGGAGUCCUAACGGGUCUCUCCUCAUGAGUACCGAUAGGAAUAAGAAGGCCAUUGUCUGGUCUGAGUUCUAG